AUGGAUGAGGACGGAGUGAUACGUAAACGCAAUCGGUUGGCGAAUGCAGAAUGGAUACCGUAUGGAACCAAGUACCCGGUUAUUCUACCCAGUAAACAUCCGAUCACCUUUCUUCUUGUCGACUCAUUUCAUCGUUGCUUCCGUCACUGUAACCGUGAAACAGUUGUCAACGAGAUGAGGCAACUCUACGAUAUUCCGAAGCUAAGAUCAAUUGUUGCAGAAGUUUCGAAACGAUGUAUUUGGUGUAAAGUUGUUCGUGCCUAUCCUCGCCCACCACCCAUGGCACCACUCCCAAAAGUACGAUUGAGACCGUUUGUGCGGCCGUUCACCUAUGUCGGUAUAGACUAUUUUGUUCCAGUGCUCGUGAAGGUGGGUCGGAACAACGUCAAGCGGUGGAUAGCAUUGUUCACCUGCUUGACCAUACGCGCUGUGCAUUUGGAAAUCGUCCAUAGCUUGUCAAAGGAAUCCUGUUUUAUGGCUGUUAGAAGAUUCGUAUCACGAAGAGGUGCUCCGGCUGAGAUAUUCAGCGAUAAUGGGACUAACUUUCACGGGGCGAACAAUCAAUUAAAGCGGGAGAUAGAGGAACGGAAUAACGAUCUAGCAACAACCUUCACCAACACUACUACUCGGUGGUCGUUCAACCCACCUGGUGCGCCACAUAUGGGUGGCGCGUGGGAACGAAUGGUCCGCUCGGUGAAGACAGCAAUCGGAGCCAUUUUGGAAACGCAGAGACGACCGGAUGAUGAGGUUUUCAUGACAGUUAUGAUUGAAGCGGAGGCGAUGAUAAAUACGAGACCGUUGACGUACAUACCAUUAGAAUCGGCGGAUCAUGAAGCCUUGACCCCAAACCAUUUUCUCUUGGGGAGCUCAAGCGGUAUAAAGCAGCCACCUACGAUGCCCAUGGAUUAUCGUACAACGUUGACUAGUGGAUGGAAGCUAGCCCAGUAUUUGUCGGAUACAUUAUGGAAGCGUUGGAUCAAAGAAUAUAUGCCGGUGAUUUUGAGAAGGUCAAAGUGGUUUGAAGACGUGAGGGAGAUAACAGAAGGGGAUCUGGUGCUGAUCGUGGACAGUACGGUGCGGAAUCAAUGGAUCAGAGGAAAGGUGGUCAAGAUCAUUCAAGGAAAAGAUGGACGCGUCCGACAAGCCUGGGUACAAACUGCAAGUGGUACCUUGCGAAGACCAGUGGUGAAGUUAGCGUUACUCGACGUCGUAGAUGGUGGUAAACCGGAAGUCGCUCACAAGGCUUUACGGGUGGGGGAAUGUGACGUCGAGAACCCCUCGUCGACCAACGUGCAGUAG